GGCCUGUCCAAGUGUGGUAGAUUGGAAGAAGCCUUACAAUGGCUUGAGUAUUGUCAGAAUAAUAAUAAGGGUGUAAAUGCCAAGCUUUAUUCAAGUCUAAUUGAUGGUCUUGGGAAGGCGGGGAGAGUGGACGAGGCUAAAAAGCUCUUUGAGGAGAUGGCUGAAAAGGGGUGCCCUCGUGAUUCUUACUGUUAUAAUGCACUAAUAGAUGCCCUAGCUAAAGCUGGAAAGGUGGAUGAAUCUUUUAUGCUUUUCAAUAGAAUGGAACAAGAAGGUUGUGAUCAAACUGUUUAUACAUACACAAUGUUGAUCAGUGGUUUGUUUAGUGACCACCGCAAUGAAGAGGCAUUGAAACUGUGGAAUAAGAUGAUUGACAAGGGAAUAACUCCAACAGCCGCUUCAUUUAGGGCUCUUUCAACUGGGCUUUGUCUUUCCGGUAAGGUGGCAAGGGCUUGUAAGAUUUUGGAUGAGCUGGCACCGAUGGGUAUUGUUCUAGAUACUGCUUUUGAAGACAUGGUUAAUGUUCUGUGCAAAGCGGGCCGUCUUGUGGAGGCUUGCAAGUUAGCUGAUGGAAUCGUUGACCGUGGUAGGGAAAUUCCGGGCAGGGUUCGUACGGUUUUGAUAACUGCCCUAAGGAAAGCUGGGAAUGCAGAUUUAGCUAUAAAAUUGAUGCAUAGUAAAAUUGGGAUUGGAUAUGAGAGGGUGGGGAGUGUUAAAAAACGUGUGAAGUUUCGUCUUCUGGUAGACAAAUGAGAGCCUACAUCAAUGAUAAUUGUGGUAAUCCAUGACUUCUGAUGGUUUAAGAUUGUUCACUUUUGGGACAGUGGGCUGGGCAUUGAUAUGAUGGAAGGUGUCAAACAACUUCCAUCACUCGUCAUGGCGUGAAUCCAUUCAUGGAUUAUGGCGUACUCUGAUAUAUCAAUUGCUUUUUGCAAGAUUUGGAUGUAAUAAUGCUCCAUAUUUCUUGCUGAGGGUUUCUCUUUUCAAGACUUGUACUUUAUCAUAAUUUAUAUUAAUUUGCUGACCCUAUUAGUCUUUCUUCUUCACUACUGGAGCGGGUCAGAUUGUGGUUGGAUGGAUGGGAGUUCAUGGAAACCUCCUUUCACCUUCCUACCAAUCUGAUGUAUCAUGGAAGCAGCUGCUUGCACACUUUUCUAGUGCAUCCAUCAUCACGUUCCUCCCAAUAUCAGUGUGACUAUCCAUGCCAUCACUUGUUCUAUUGCGUGAUACGCUUUGAUCUCCUGACAUACUUUGUGUGAUUACCUGAUGCCUUAUCAUGAUGAUGAGCUAGCAUUCCUCAGACACUCACAGUGAGCUCGUGAGUGCGCCGCACCACAUUGUUUUUAGAACUAAUCUCAUGGAGUAAUUGAAGAUGACACUGACCUGGCAAUGAAGUUCUACUAGAUGCUAAUUGCAGACAAAAAACAGGAGUUGGUGUGUUCACAUAUGAGAAAGAGCUCAUUCUCUGAAGAAAGAGCGUUCAUUAAUUAGUUAUACAUUUUUAUUACUAGUUAGUGCGUAAUGAGUUUCUUCUGUUAGCUAAUAAUAACUGUAGUAAUAGUAAUAGUUGCAUGUAUUCUCUAUUUUUGUUUACACCUCUCGGGUAGAGUGGUAGAUUAGGACCUCUUUCUUGAGUUUCUAUUUUUGAUCUAGUAUAUAAUAUGGCAAGUUGGCA